AGUGCAUGCUUGAUUGAAAUAUUAAAAUGUCACAUGACUUUAAAGAACGUGUCACCUUUGACUGAUAAGGGAAAUAAAUAGAGAAAGUGCGAUAAAAUGGCGGAUGGCAUACAUCUAAACAUUUUAAUUUCUCUAUGUUUUAUAGCCACUUAUGGGCUAUGGGUGAACACGGGGAUCCGCGCUGCGCCACCAAAGAGCGUUGAAAUGCAAUACCUGUUGGAUGCACACAGCUUUCCUGAUGGGGUCACAUGUAAAACGCAAUCAGACUGUCCGAACGCUAUGUGUUGCGUUCAUAACCCUUUGACUAAACCUGACACAAACAAACGGUUUGUGUUCGGCCAGUAUUCUGACCACGACCAUGGCUUCUGUCGGAGGGCAAGAAGGUUUAAUGAAAGUUGUUAUCCUUUGAGUCAUGAUUCCGCAAACCCGGAGUUGUACGACUACUUUUGUCCAUGCGAGAGUGGUCUGGACUGUCGGGGCUUAGUCGUUCAUGAAACAGAAACAAAAAUAAUUCAUCGAUAUCCGACAUGUCAAUCACCUGAAUCGAAUUUGCUAGAUAAUGGUCCAACGCCGAGUGGGGUAGCAUGUUCGAGUGACGGAGAAUGUGGGUCCGGAAUGUGUUGUGUAAGGUACCCAAGGUCAAGAAAACGGCAGCAAAGCUCAUACAAUGGCUAUUGUAGAAACGAGGGGAAACUUAAUGAAACAUGCGAUCGUCACGAUUUUGGUACACAUGAUUUCCACUGUCCAUGCCAGUCUGGCCUGGAAUGCCGCGGUGCCUCCGUGCUACAUUUCAAUCACCAAACAGUUCACGAAGGCACUGUCUGUCUGCCACCGGCAUCAUAAAGCAUGCUUAGUCUAGAAGAAAUAAAUUCAUUAUAAAUGUUUUUAAUUAUCAAAAAAAAUUUAAUGGACCAAAAACUGUUGAUAAUAUGUCUAAUAAAAUUAAGUAGAGAUCGA